UUUUAAAACCCACGAGCGGUGCAUUCGAACUUCGAAACAAAAAAGAUCAAGUGUUCGGCUUCUUGCGUCUUCGUCAGACUCAGAAAGAAAAGAGAAUAAGACAUGGAAGUUGGGGAGCUUGAUUGUACCGUUACUGUAGAAAGUCUAAAUGCUAGAGGUAUAGUAACAAGACGAAGGACUUACAAAAACGUCACAGUUUUAGUGGGAAGGGACGAGUUUCGAGAUAUAAUACUUCGAAUUAUCGCUAAAACUUCUCCCCUUGGCAAAAACUAUCGUUUACGAGAGAUAACAAUUCACAAACGCUUUGUAAGCGAAGGGAAGGCCACAAUAAAGCUUACAACUCUCGGGAUUCAACUACUGUUGGCGAACUGUCCACCGGCAAAGCUUACCGCUUUUCUCAGAUGUAUCGUGGUAAAACUAGCAAAGAAGAAAGAGGACGGAUUUGCUAGUGAGAGAACGAGAAUGCGAAGUGACCUUCCCAAGAACUUUGACACUAUUAGCCCACUAGUCGAGAAAGAUUUUCUUAAGAGAACUACUCCAAAUAAGAAGCGAGCAUUUGGUGAGAUCAAUGGGGGUAACAAUGGUCAGACACCCAAACGCUGUAAGCGUGAAGCAUUGAACGACGUGCCCCGAAAAAAACUGAAUAUAGCUUCUCUGCAAAUGAAGUUUACGGCAGAACAAUCAGCAGUUAUUAAUGCAGUACGCUCGGGCAGGAAUGUGUUCUUUACGGGGAGUGCGGGGACAGGAAAGUCCUUUCUUCUUCGUCGACUUAUUGGCAUGUUGCCCCCUCAGGGGACCUUCGUGACGGCCAGCACAGGGGCGGCCGCUUGCCAUGUAGGGGGCACGACACUACACGCAUUUGCAGGAAUUGGCAGUGGAUGUGCAGACAUUGAACAGUGCAUUGAAUUGGCAUCAAGACCAGGAAGAGUCAAGCUUUGGAAAACAUGUAAGCGCCUGAUCAUCGAUGAGAUAUCAAUGGUGGAUGCAGAGUUAUUUGACAAACUGUCGGCAGUCGCUCAAAGCAUCAGAAGAGAUGACAGACCAUUUGGGGGCAUCCAGUUGAUCCUGUCUGGAGACUUCUUACAGUUACCACCUGUCUCUAAAAUUGGUGAAGGAAAACCCAAGAAAUUUUGUUUCCAGGCUGAAUGCUGGCAGGAUUGUAUCCAAACCACUAUCGAGCUCACCCAAGUUUAUCGCCAACAAGAUCCAAUGUUUGUGUCUAUCCUGCAGAAUAUCAGAGUUGGAAGCUGUCCUGAGAAAGUGUUGUCCAAGCUUGAAGCCACCAAAACCAAUCAGAUAGAAAAGGAUGGUAUCCUCGCCACUAAACUGUGCACACACAAAGAAAACGUGGACCAGAUAAAUAAAGUGCAUCUAUCAAAACUUCCUGGAAAGUCCUUCCUCUUCUCAGCAUGUGACACAGAUACCAGUCAGUCACAGGCAUUAAAUAAGCAAGUUCCAGUACCAGAGAAACUAGAGCUUAAAGUUGGAGCACAGGUGAUGCUUGCUAAGAACCUAGAUGUGUCAAGGGGACUGGUGAAUGGGGCAAGAGGAGUGGUGAAAGCAUUCGAGUCCGGAAACUUGACUAACCCCAUAGUAAAGUUUACAUGUGGAGUAGAGAAGGCUAUCACUGCCGAGAAGUGGGUGAUUCGAACAGCAGGGGGUGUGAUGGUCUCCAGGCGGCAACUACCCCUCAAGCUCGCAUGGGCAGUCUCUAUUCACAAGAGUCAGGGUAUGACAUUAGACUGUCUUGAGAUCUCUUUGGCUCGAGUGUUUGAGUUUGGACAAGCAUAUGUAGCACUAUCUCGUGCGCGUAGUUUACAGGGCUUAAGAGUGUUAGACUUUGACAAGAAGUGUGCACGAGCUCAUCCAGAAGUUCUGAGAUUCUAUGGCAGACUACGGCGGGAUCAGAAGAUGUCUAGCAAAUUGCAAGCACUAGGUAGACAAGAAGAUGACAAAGAAAACAUAUGCUGGUAGUUAAGGGGAAAUUAGAAGCCGAAUAGGGUGGAAGAGAAACUGUAUUUGGAUGUGUGAUGAGAAAAGACAUCUAUUUUGGGAAAAAAGAUAUUUAUUCAUUUAUCAAGAUUGAUCACUAGGAAUAUGGUCCUUUUUUGUGAGAUGUUUUCCCCUACAUGGAUUAAUUUUGGUCAGCCAUAUUUUUCCAGUACAGAUGAUGGCUUUCCACAACAAGUAAGUAUAGAUCUACCUAUAUUUCUGAAAUUUCAUAUUAUUUGUUAUACAGACCAAUUUCAUUUUGCUGUACAUAAUAAUAUUUAUUUAUUCAUUAGGGACAUUUUAGUAAUUUUGUAAAUAAGCCACUACAAUAAAUAUGAAAUUUAUACCUUU